AUGUCUUUACAGAAUGCUUCAAUCAAUGUAACACACUUUAUUAUAGGUGGUUUUGACACACUCAGUAGACCUAUUGCUGUUGGUGUGGCUAUACUAAUAACAUAUCUUCUUGCUGUUCUUGCCAAUAUUGCAAAUAUCAUGUUUAUUAUUUCUGACAAGAGAUUACAUAAACCAAUGUAUCUUCUGAUUUGCAACCUUGCUGUUGUUGAUAUAGUGUACACCUCCAGUUGCAGUCCAACAAUGAUUGGGGUUCUACUUGCAGGUGUUAAUACUAUAUCCUAUGUGGAGUGUUUAAUUCAAAUGUGUGUUGGCGCUUUGGGAACAGCGAUGGAGUCAUUUGUUUUAGCAUUUAUGGCUUUAGAUAGAUUCAUUGCAAUAAUUUAUCCUUUCCAGUAUCACAGUUAUUUAACAAACACACGUGUUGUUGUUCUUACAUUUAUUCUGUGUUCAAGGCUGAAAUACAGCUUCUGUGACUUUGCUGCUGUAAUAAGAACAACCUGUGUUAACCCAGAGAAAUAUUUCAAUGAAGUUGCCAUUGUAACAUUUUUUAUUUUCUUUUUCACUUUCGUUUUCAUUUGUCUUUCAUAUUGUGCAAUCUUACUUUUUGUAAAAUUAUCUUCAAAUAAUGAAAAAAAGAAAAUGGGGAGCACUCUUGUGAGUCACUUAAUUUGUGUAACUGUUAAUUACUGUCCUGCAUUUGUUCGCAUUAUCUUCACCAGGUUUGGCGUAGUAUUAACUCUUGAGGAACGCCAAGGUUUAUUAAUUGGUGCAGUCCUCGGUCCGUGUCUUGUAAAUCCGUUUGUGUACUCUCUUAGGACAAAAGAAAUUAAACAAAAGUUCUAUAAGAUUUUCAAAAAGUUUCACACAUCUGACUAA